CGUAUUUAUUAUGAAUGAGCAUGCACAGUGAUCACAACAAAGGUUUGGUUUCGUUAUGAAACUGUAUGCUACAUUUGUCACGUAGGCCAUAGUGCUGUCUGCGUGCCCCAUGAACGCGCCUGCAAAUAGUUUGCGCGCGACAGCUGACAUUUUUUGACCCAGUUUCGUGACACCGGUUGUGAGGGUUGGCCGAUCAAAGAAUGGGUAUAGUGAUAGGCAAAGCUCCUGUAAAGACCGAGGGAAACAGCAGCGAGUAAUAGCUUCGCUUCCAAACGGGACUGAGCUCGGGGUUUUAUUUUUAUUUUAUUUUAUUUUUUUAAAUCGGUUUGUAUCUGCCGAGGUCUUAAGGACAACGUCACAUUCUUACGGUUACCUGCUUCUGGUUCUUCGGUGCCGCUCAACCAGUUGACAGAAAACGACAAUGUGCUCUGUAUUAACCAGAAUAAGACCGAUCCAUCGGGCUGUAGCUCUGUCGCUUCGACUCGGAGCCAACACCGAGGGCUCGAGUUAUGCGGCAACCCAGAGCAGGCGCCUCUCUCCCGGCAAGAAUUCUGUCGUAGACCUGCAGCGGAACGCCAGGUUCUACUGCUCCAGGAUGGCGAAGACGGAAGGACUGCUCUUCAGACAACUGUUUGAGGUGGAGAGCAGCACCUAUACCUACCUGCUGGCAGACACGAACACCAGAGAGGCCAUUAUCAUUGAUCCUGUGCUGGAGACAAUUGACAGAGACUUAAGCCUGAUAGAGGAACUGGGGCUAAAGCUGAUACUAGCAGUGAACACCCACUGCCAUGCAGACCACAUAACCAGCUCCGGGCUGAUGAAGAAAAGAAUUGCAGGAUUGAAGAGUGCCAUCUCUAAAUUCAGCGGUGCCUCUGCAGAUAUCCUGCUGUCAGAGGGCGACAAAAUCCGCUUUGGAAAACACUACCUGACUGUAAGAGAAACACCGGGACACACGGAUGGGUGCACAACGUUCGUGUCAGCAGAUGAAAGCAUGGCUUUUACUGGGGAUGCUCUGCUUAUCCGAGGCUGUGGCAGAACAGACUUCCAGCAGGGCUGUGCAAAAUGCCUUUACGAUUCAGUCCACGACAAGAUCUUCACGCUGCCUGAUGACUGCCUCGUCUACCCAGCACAUGACUAUUUAGGUCAGACUGUUUCCACGGUUGGUGAAGAACGCAAGUAUAACCCUCGUCUCAUAAAGUCAAAGGACGAGUUUGUGGAGAUCAUGAACAGCUUGAAUCUUCCAAAGCCGGAUAAAAUAGAUAUUUCAGUGCCUGCUAACCUCGUUUGUGGACUCCAUGGACUCUGAAUGUCUUGAAGAAGAAAACGAGAAAAAAAAAAAUCAUAAAGCCAUUGACAUAGCUACGGAAUGAUUCACACAAAACUUUAUUUCACAAACCCGACCCCAAUAGCUUACCAUAAAGUGCUUUCAUUGUUCUUUGUAAGUUAUGUAUUUAUGUAGUUAUGAAUAAAAUCUAAUUUGAUAGUAAAAAAUAUUGUAACAAUGCUUUUGUUUGUAAAAGAACUAAUAGUUUUUGUAUUGCGAUUAAGUUAAAUGUGUGUGUUUUACUCUGUACAUCUGUAAUAUUUUGACUUGUAACAUGAUUGAAGGAAUGAAUGAACAAAACGUUUAAUUAAGGGAAAUAAAUGCCUUCAAGGUUUGAUUUCAUGGUCAUGUUGCUUUACUGGUACAGGUGACUUCUUUUGCAUGGGCUAUUCAAUGGCGUUUUGCUAAUAAUAUAUAAUAUUUAAUCACCCACACUGCUACCAGUCACAGGGGUUAUGAAGAAGUUGUUUUCAUUGCAGAACAAGCUAGGGAACCUUGUGUUGACCUUGGCUCUUGUAUAGAUAUCCUAUGUGCGAAAAAAGAAGGCCAAUACCAUUAAUCUGUUUGGAUUCUUGAUUUUAAAAAUUUUUGAUUGUGCUGCUUUCAGUCCUUUGACUCAAUAACUCUAACCUGCAAUAGUGUCCGAGACCAGUAUCAAAAUAAAACUGUUUUCAAA